CCUUCAUUCUCCACUUCUCAUCUCCGUGGGGCUUUCCUCUGUUUUUCCGCAGAGCUCCAUCCGCAGCGGACACCGACGAUGUGCGUGGACUGAGUGGAGGUGGAGGUGGAGGUGGAGGUGGUCCCUAUGAGGCGGCUCUCCUCCCGGUUCGUGUGCCCGGCUUGCACGGCUCUCGGUCGGCCGGUCGGACAGUAGAGCAGAGCCCUACCCCGGCCACAGCCGCAGCCGCAGUUUCGACUCCUCCGUCCGUGGGGGGGAGCCUUCACCCGGUUCUCCUUUAGCCCUGGAUCGGAUCCACGCAGCCCGCUCCCCGCGCGUCCACAUGGCCGGACACGAGUGGGAAGACUGGUUCGAGCGGGAGGAAUUUAUCGGACAGAUCAGCGACAUCCGAGUCCAGAACCUGCAAGUUGAAAGAGAAGUGGUUCAGAAGAGGACCUUCACCAGAUGGAUGAAUCUACAUUUGGAAAAGUGUAACCCUCCAGUCGAGGUCCAUGACCUUUUCCGGGACAUCCAGGAUGGACACAUCCUCAUGGCGCUGCUGGAGGAACUAUCCGGCUGCAAACUGCUUCAUGGGUUCAAGAAGUCCUCCCAUCGAAUUUUCAGACUCAACAACAUCGCCAAGGUCUUGUCUUUUCUAGAAGAGAGAAAUGUUAAACUGGUGAGCAUUGAUGCUGCUGACGUUGCCGAUGGAAACUCCUCCAUCAUCCUGGGGCUCAUCUGGAACAUCAUCCUCUUCUUCCAGAUUAAAGAGCUGACUGGGAACAUCAGAAGUCAGUUCCCGUCAUGUUCCAGCCUGUCGUCCAUCCCCACCAGCUCCGACUCCGACGCCUCUUUCUCCAGCACACCGUCCGACGAGAGGCAGUCGACAUCCAACCCCAUGCGGGAACACAGCAAGGCCAUCAAGAAGCUUCUGCAGUGGGUUCAGAGGAGGACACGCAAGUAUGGCGUAGCAGUGCAGGACUUCGGGAAGAGCUGGACGAGUGGUCUGGCAUUUCUGGCUGUGAUUAAGUCCAUCGAUUCAAGUCUGGUGGACAUGAGGAAGGCCCUGCUCAGGAGCCCCAGAGAGAAUCUGGAGGAUGCCUUCAGGAUAGCCCACUACAGCCUGGGUAUCCCACGUCUGCUGGAGCCUGAGGAUAUGGCUAUUAACGCUCCCGAUGAUCAGUCCAUAAUUAUGUAUGUGUCACAGUUCCUGGAGCACUUCCCUGGCAUUGAGGAGCCGGAGGAACCCUGCCAGUUGAUUGAACGCAGCGUUUCAAUGGGCCGACUCAACUUCCGUGACAGCGACUACCUGAGGAACGGAGCCCACCACCGGAGCAGAGUCCGGGAGAGGUCCUACAUGUUCCAGAAGGACAGCUCUGCGCCUCCACCCAAAAUUUUAAUUUCGUCCGUGUCGGAGGACCGGGGCACCGUGACGCCCAGGUUCAGGCCCGCUGCAGCUCGAUCAUGGUCCACUGAAGACUUCCUGGCCGAUUCCCCAGAGGAGAACACCACUAGUGUGGUCAAGGAUCAGAGUAAACCUGGUACUCCAGUUGUCAGAGACUCGGACUCGCCUCAGCUCUGCCACACCCACUCACCGACCGAUUCAUCAGUGCCCGAGUCGGUGAACACGGAGUCUGUAAUCGGUGACUCUGCCAUCAGCUCGCCGGACUCGUGGGUGGAGAGUGAGUAUGGGGUGACGCCUGAGAAGUUCUGCGAGAGUCGAAGCGACAGUUCUCUGUGUGACAGCGGAACAGCCUGGGAUUUGUACCGCGCCACACCUGUGGAGAUCACAUCUCUGGAUGACGGGUACAUGCCCCCCACAGAGGACAGAAUAUCUGAUGAACCGCAGACCUCUGAGUCAUAUAUCGAUGAAGGGAUCUAUUCGUUAAGCUCCUUGGAGAACGCACAGGAGAGAAUCCACGGCCAAUCAGACCAAAAGCCAGUGGAAGAAAUAAAAGGGAAAGAAAGCCCCGAACUGAAGUCUGCGCUAAAACAGACGCCUGAAAAGGAUCAAACUAAGGUCACAGAGGAAGUAAAUUCUAAACAGAUGGACAAAAGUAUUCUUGACAAAGUACCUAGUGACCAAGAGCCCUCUUUAGGUUUCAGCGAGACCGAAGAACUUACCUCCUUAAGUGGUGAAAGUGUCCUUGAACCUAAUGAAACUAACCAAAACCAGUCCAGCGCCAUCACUGAAAAACCUUUACUUGACUCUUCCACUGAAGAACCAGGUAUUAAGGAAGGGAGAACUUACAUAGAAUCAAAGGUAACUGACACUGGGGAAGCACAGGACCUUCAAGGUCAAUCUAAUGUUCAACCCGAAAGCCUGAGUAAGAGAGGGAAUUCACAGGAAGUGGAAGUGGAAAGUGGAUGUCAGGAAACAGAAUCUGGUGUAGAGGAAAAACCAGGGCAGUCGAAAGAUGAAUCAGGGAUGAUUUUAAAAGAUUUGGAUGACAGUAUUGUAGAAUCACAAGACAAAGUAAGUGAAGAGGGUCUCAAAGGUCAAGAAAGCUUAGAGACUCCUGAUAUCAUUGCAAACAUAAAUUCAGAUACCCAAGAUGACGCAUCAAAAACAAAUCUGGAGCCAAGUAUCGGCAUCAAUAUACCACUGAUUUCCAUUUCUAGUGAGCCAGAGGUACUAGAAGAGGAAGAGGAGGCAACAUGUGUCACAGAAGUACAGAAUCAUUCCGGGGAUGAAGACUCACACCGGCCAGAAGUGUCUGGAAGUAACGAGAGUGACACAAAUAUUACAAGUCCUCAGAAUACAAAUGAAGUCAGCUUUGUCUCCAAUAAAGAUACUGACGGUGAUCUUACUGAGAGUGUUGGAAUUAUAACGUCAGUGCAACCUAAAGCAACAGAAAAUGGACAUUUGGGAGACAAAGGUGUCCAGAGUCCAGUGACUGCUGAACCAAAUGGAAAGAUCCUAACUGUGGAUACCGACUCUUCCACUGCUUCAAAACACAUGGACUUGUUUUGUACAGACGUUGGUCGAAGUUCUCCCAGUGGGGAUCUGGUUGACCUCAUUGAACCCAUGGAUCUUUUCUACCCCGAUAAAGAGGAGCCCAUGUUUACGGAGCCACCUGACAAUGAAAUGCAGAGCUGGCCCUCUGUCCUGAGUGUAUCUGCUCUCCAACCAGCGCCGACUUCAGAGAGUCUGCCAGAAGAGCAGCCGUUUAACCAACAGGACGAAGACACUGGGACGAGGGUGGAUUUACAUCAAGGACAGGUGAAGGUGAUAACGGAGAUCCACAAAGACACCGACAGACCGUCUGAAUCCCAAGAAUGGUCCUCAUUGCCUGGGAAGAAGAUAGGAGGACCCACGGGUGCUGAUGGGCAGGAAGACAGCAUCGAUCUCAUCGCGGGUCGACCACAGGGCGCGGACUCUGCCAAGGAAAACACAGACUCUGUGAGGAGUAUCAUUAAAAGUUCCUGCAGACCUGAUGAAAACCAGAUCCCUCCGGUUCUCCGCCACAGAAAGGGGACUCGCUUCGCUGAGUCCACGGACAAUCAGAGAGCAGUGUCUGUGUCUGCCAGAAAAGCUGAAGAUGACAGGUCUGAUUUUUGGUUGGGGGAGGACUGGGAGACGUAUUUGCUGCUGUUGCUGUGGCUGCUGCUCUACUGUUUCUGGGUGUUACCACAGAUCGACCUGAAGACACUGCCCAGCCUGUUACUUAACAUCAAACACUAAACAUAGUGUACACACACACACACACACACACACACACACACACACACACACACACACACACACACAUAGGACUUACUACCACUUCAACAUACACACAGCUCAACUGCCAUUCUACGUUCUCUGUACAUGACACUAAACUCCAGAUUAAGUGAAGGCAUUUAAAAGGUGUAUAUUUCAAACUAAUAGAGCCUUUUUUUCUUAUUUAGUUUUUUUUUUUCUUUUUUAGCUUUAAAUGUGGCUUAAAGUGAUUUGUACAAAACAAGGGGCACUGUUGGACACAAAGCAUUUUGCAGAAAAACCUGUUAUCUG